AUGAGGCUAAAGGUCCCCAACUUAUCGCCCAGGUACCACCCCUUCAACUUUGAAACCAAAUGUUCCGCCACAUUUCACCCUUCAGUCCUGUCAUUCACACUACGAAAUCAGAUCUCUCAACUCAAAUCUGUUUUCUACAACCAAUGGAAUCUCAAUAAACAUCCAUUCACCGAUCUGGUCAAGUGGAUUGAACACCUAGCAACCAGUGCUAUCUCUCUAUCACAUCACCUGAAGCACAAUGGUAUCACAACUGUUUUGAUCGGCCUAGUCAAAUCGCAUUUUUAUCCCAAUCAUAUUUGGGAACCAUUGGUUGGGAAUUUGGCAUUGCUAUUGGAUAGAACCCCGCCUAAAUAUCAAUCGCUUUCCCUCUGGGCCAUCUCAGUCAAACUGGCCAAUUCUAGAAUACAAAAAUACAACUCUCAUGACUACAUAAGUGGUCAAUUACAAGUGAUAGACCUUGACGUAUACAGGAAUUACUUUGAAAACCUAGAAAAACGCAUUAUUGACUCAGCCAGUGAAUAUACUGGGAAGGACAUUGCUACAUUUUCAUCCGCUGUUAAUAAUAUAUGCGAACACCAUCUACACGAAACCCCAUUUGUAGAUUAUUUGAGUGGAUCAUUUAAACUACUGGUCCAUAAUCUGAUACAAAAUAAGCACAGAUUAGCCUUUAACGAAUGUUCAGCCGUACUCAAAGCAUCAAAAAUUCUAUCACAUCGCCCCAAUUCAUUAAUAAUGCACUUAGUGGCAUCAAUGCAUCUAUCACUCGUUACCAGGGGAAAUAUCAGAAUUGGAGAUCUUCAAAAUGCAUUUGAAUUUCUACCUAGCGGUAGGAUACGCCAUUCAAUGGGUGUAGAUACGCCCCUGUCCAGAGAAAUAGCAUCACUAGCUAUUCUACUUUGCAAGGAAAUUGAUAAGUUCCGCAUCUGUAAUAAACUCGCCAUCAUAAUCGCAGAAACAAUAAUACGAACCAGAAUACGAGAUGAGGUUCCACAAACUGUCUGUAAUAUAGUUGAAACCCUGGCUAAAGUAACAAAUACUGAGAGGGUAACCAAGGCUCUGAAAGAAUUGAGCACAAAUUAA